AUGGUUGUUGCCGUGGCAUUGUACUGUGUGGUCGGAGCGAUCACGAUACGAAAUAUCGAAGCUGUUCCAAAAAAUCGGACACUCGAUAUUGAGUUUCCAAUAACGCCACGGAUGAAACGUCAAGGCUAUUGGAUUGAGCGAGAGCCGAUGAAUCGAGCUCGACGAUGUGUGAUCGCCGCGUUGAAGGCGAUCGUGCAAGAGACGAAUUGCUCGGAACAUCUCAUGCCCACGGCAAGUGGAGUGAAGCUUUUGGACGAAUGCUAUCGAGAGGACAUUGAAGCGAAGAGAGUGACGGCUGGGCAAAAGCUUCAAGAACACCGGAUACGACACGAGCAUAAAAAGGAGCGAGAACGUGACUACUCACAAGGGCACUCGGUGGAGAUCGUCAGCGUGAGAUUUGAAGGCGAAGACAUUGAAUGGGAAUACUGGUCAUUCAUGGACUCAAUUGUUUUUUGUUUCACUGUGAUCACGACGAUUGGUUAUGGAAAUGUGGCACCGCAAACAUUUGAGGGUCGCCUCUUUGUGAUCUUUUAUGGCCUUGUUGGAGUCCCGUUCACGAUGUUGGCCAUUGCGAAUCUCGGGAAAUUCUUCGCCUCUCUGCUUAAAGCCUGGAUAAAACCGUUCAUUCAUUGUUGCAGACGAUGUCGAGCCCGUUUGCGAGUUCGCCGCCCGAAAGACAAAGACGUCAUGGUUGACACAAAUUACAGCAAAAUCAAAGGCACAGAUAGCAAUGAAAAUGUAAAUGAUAGUGAGUCAGAAGAUGGUGAUCGAGAAAAAAAGGAGGAAGAGCAGGAAGAGGACGACGAUCCGAAUGCGAUGACUGAUGCUAUUGUGCUCUUCAUUGCAUUUGUUAUCUAUAUUGUGUUGGGCUCUUUUAUGAUAUCUUCUUAUGAAGAAGAUAUGGAUUUCUUCUUGGCAAUAUAUUUCAACUUUGUCACACUGACAACAAUUGGUUUGGGCGAUCUGGUGCCGCAAAGAAAAGAAUAUCUCAUUGUGACGCUCGUCUAUGUGGCUGUUGGAUUAGCAUUAACAACAAUAGCUAUUGAGAUUGCUGCUGAUUAUCUAAAGAAAUUGCAUUAUUUUGGAAGGAAAUUGGACAAAGUGAGCAAUGUGAAGAUCUGGUUCGGCGGACAACAAUUGACGAUGAAACAACUCGUGCGAAACCUCGGCGAUCAGUUCAACGUCGACAUUGAUCAGUUAGCCAAUCUGGAUCUUGAGCAAUUCGUUGAUAAUGCGAUUCGUGUUGAAGCUGGAGAGUUGGCAACUUUGCGGCAACAAGACAAACCCUACAUGCACACACAAUAUUGGCGAGCGGUACAAGGGCGAUUGAUCUUUGUGGAUGAAGAGCUACCACCAGAUCAUGACUCCAAUGCAAACUAUUCGAUUUUAACGGAA